GUGUCCGGGUCGUUCUCGCCGUUCUCUCCGCGGGCGAUACCGCUCGCGCUCGCUCCCGCCCCCGGCACGACACCCGCUUCUGGGAACGGGGCGGCGGCGUCUGCCCGCGGGGAGCGGGGGCCGGCGGCACCCGGUGGGGCUGGGGAGGACCAGCAGGAACGGGGUCUGUUCUCGUUUCCUCACCGCCGGUCUCGGGAGGCGGCGGCGGCCAGGGGAAGCGAGCCCAGGGGGGCCUCGGCUGCGGGCCCCGGCAGCGGGGCGGCCCCGCCCCGAGGCAGGACGAUGCCGGUGAAGAAGAAGAGGAAGUCCUCGGGGGCGGCGGCGGGGGAAGACACCGGCCUGAAGAAAUGUAAACUCGGCAGAUCACAAGCAUCUGGUAAAGUAAUAAGUGGAGAGGAACAUUUUUCAAGCAAAAAGUGCCUGGCUUGGUUUUAUGAAUAUGCAGGUCCCGAUGAAGUUGUAGGCCCUGAAGGAAUGGAAAAAUUCUGUGAAGACAUCGGUGUUGAACCUGAAAAUAUUAUUAUGUUAGUUUUAGCCUGGAAACUAGAGGCUGAAAGCAUGGGAUUUUUCACUAAGGAAGAAUGGUUGAAAGGAAUGACCUCAUUACAGUGUGACUGUACAGAAAAAUUACAGAGUAAAUUUGACUUCUUACGGUCACAGUUGAAUGACAUUUCAUCUUUUAAGAAUAUCUACAGAUAUGCCUUUGAUUUUGCAAGGGAAAAAGACCAGCGAAGUCUUGAUAUUGAUACUGCGAAGUCCAUGUUAGCUCUUCUGCUUGGAAGAACUUGGCCACUGUUUUCAGUAUUUUAUCAAUACCUGGAGCAAUCGAAGUAUAGAGUUAUGAACAAGGAUCAGUGGUACAAUGUACUAGAGUUCAGCAGGACUGUCCAUGCAGAUCUUAGCAACUAUGAUGAAGAUGGUGCAUGGCCCGUGCUUCUGGAUGAAUUUGUUGAAUGGCAGAAAGUUCGUCAAGCGUCAUAGCAAGAAUUCAAAGGAAAAUGCAAAAGUUUUUUUUGGUGCCCGCCUGUACACAAAGUAAUGAGAAAAACAAAGGAUUGCAUUUUCAUUCAUAAGAAAGACUUUACAGUAAUUUUUUUUCCUUUUUUAAGGAGACUUUCUUGUUACGUGUGAUAUGGGCAUUGAACCACACCUCUUCUGAGACUGAAAGUUGGAGUUCUUGUUUUGAGUCUUAUGUUUAUAGCAUUUAUUUCAGAACAAUAAAGAUUCAGAUUUGUGACAAAGGC